AAAGUUUCAAACGGUCACACUGGACUCCAGCGUUUUAAUUUUUAACAUUAUUUUUGUAGUAUAAGUGACUUGUUUAGGUUUAUUUUACUUAAGUAAUGACGGCAAAAGAGGACGAGGUACAGGUUUUCAACAAGGGCGAAAAGGUCCUGUGCUACGAGCCGGAUAAAUCGAAGGCGAGGGUUCUGUACAACAGCAAGGUUUUAAAUGUUGUGGAGCACAAAGAUGAACAUGGCCUGAAGUACUACGACUACAAGAUCCACUUUCAGGGCUGGCGGCCCUCCUAUGACCGAGCGGUGCGUGGUAGUUUUCUGCUCAAAGACACUGAAGAGAAUCGUAAGCUGCAGCGUGAACUGGCAGAGGCCGCACAAUUACAGAUAAGUGGGGGAUACUCGUACAAGGGCACCCCCACACCGCCUGCUGGCAAGAAGAAGCGCUUGACUCGUGGGUUAGGCAACGUCGAGGAUCAGGAAGCAGUUUUGGACACCACCCAGGGACCACUGGAACCAGAGCUGCCGCCGACCAACGGAACUGGAACUGUACUCGCUGCCGGGAACCGCUCAAGAGACAACAGUGGUGGUCGCAAGGCCGACAAGAGUGCUGGCGGCGAGGAGGUGAAAAUGAAGAACACUCGCGGUCGUUCCACAGGGAAAAAGGCUGGGAAGAAAGAUACGGCGGAGCUGGAGAGGUAUGUCAUCCAGGAGGAUCGUGUGAUGUUGCGCAUCAGCGAGCGGCUGCGGGAGUACAUGGAGUACGACUACAACAUGGUUGUAAAACUGGGAAAGCAGCAUGCAAUGCCCGCCCGCAUGCCUAUUAUCUGCAUCCUUGAGAACUUUGUGAAGCAGCGGGCCGUGGAGCUGGCCAUUGGAAUCAAGCAGGACAGCAGCAGAGCGAGGAACACCCAGAGUCGAAAUGCCCGCAUGGAGCGGGAGUAUGAUCGGGUCAUGUCCAACGUAUGCAUGCUCAAGGAAGUCGUCGAUGGCCUGCGCAUUUACUUCGAGUUCCAUGUGGAGGAUCAUCUGCUCUACAAGGAGGAGAAGGAGUAUGCAUAUAACUAUCUCACUGACGACAACUUAAGGAACGUCAGCAUGAUGCUGAACAACUCGUAUGAGUUUAUCAAUCCCAAUUGCGAUACGGACCUCAUCUCAAUGGACGGCACCCAGUUGGGGGCUAGUGGACCCGGCCCCACAAACGGAUACGGAGGCCACAUUGUUAACGGAUUAGAGUAUGAGAAGCAGCUGCAAAGGUGUCUGCUUUAUAUAGUAAAGUCGAGCGGCAAGAACACGGCGCAUGCCUAUGAUCAGCGGACAUCUCCGUACACUGCUGCCUACAAGCUGCCCAUGGAGAUGCGCGGGUUCCUGCGCGAAACCUUUAAGUGGCGCCUGCUAUCAGCGGAAUCUAUGCCUGAGAAAUCUAUGGUCUUUGGAGCUCCCCAUCUAGCAAGACUGAUGAUUAAAGUGCCCGAGUACUUGAAUAUCUCGCCCAUAUCAAAUCAAAAGCUAGAAGAUCUGCUGCCACAUCUGGACUCAUUCAUCAACUAUUUGGAGAACCACAAAGAAUGGUUCGAUAAGGAGAACUACGUGCAUCAUCCCUCCAUACACCAGGAGCAGCUGCAAAGGGACCUGCUCGAGUCACUGCAACAAACCGCAUAGAAUGGAAUAUUCACCAUUUUGUGACAUUUUAGUUCAAAUUAAUGCCUAUGGUAUUUUAUUUAUUAUGCAGUUUAAAGCUUAUUUCUCUCUUAUUUAAGGAUUUAUAAUUGUCAUUUUCAUUUUCAUUUGCAAGUUUUGGUUUCUUCAAGUACACACUUUGUAAAUAACUCCCUUCUAUAAAAAAUUUGUCCUACACAUGUAUAAUCGAAUAAUGUCUAUAACUACAUGUGAAUAUGGAAAACGAGUU